AAGAUAGGGAGGGAAGGGAACUUUAUUACCUUUUUUAUGUUGCACGCAUCCAUGACAGAACAGAGAAGGGACAGAGUACUUACUGCUGGGAGUCUGCGACACAAGAAGAGGGCAGAGAAGAAGAGAAGAACAUAGAGGGUAAAGAGAAGGGAGAGAAGAGAAGAGAAGAACAGAGAAGAAAUGGACUUGAGGAGUUGGAAACAGAAAAAGGUUGAAAGGGAGAGAAGAUGAUGGAAGAUUGGUAGCUGUUGUUGGUCUCUGGUGGAAUGGGUUUCUUGAAGUGCAUGCAUCUUAGGAGUGGUUUUGGAGUUGAAGACCGACUGAAGAAGAGUUUUCAGAUUUCCUAUUAAAGGCUGAGAUGUUUUGUUGGUAGUUGUCUCACUGAGUAGUAUUUCUGAGAACUCUUAUCUUGAAAGUUAUCUAUAUUUCUGUUCUUCUUCAUCAUCAUCAUCAUCAUCCUCGUGUUCCAUCUGUUUGAAUCUGGAUUUUCUUUGGUGUUGUUUUUGGAGAGCUUUUUUUUCUGGGCUUAACUUGUAUUUAGAUGAGGGGAAUGCCCUUUAGUUUGCAGGGGAAGGGGGUGUUAGAAGUUGCAGAGAUUUCAGACUUCUCUUCUUCGAUUUCUUCGGUAUCGGGGAACAAGUGGAAGGAGGGUAGCUGCGUGGGCAGCGAACCAACCUCUGUACUGGAUCCAAGAAGGAGUCCCAGCCCACCUACAUCGACCUCAACCCCGUCUUCUUCGUUGGGCGGGGGCGGCGGCUCAACCGACACUGCCGGCGUGGCGGCGGUUUCCGAUAACCCCCCACAGAAAUGGCUGCCUACCCAACAGCAGGACAGCUCGGCUGAGCCACCUGGCGUUGGUGGUGUUGCACGCAAGGACGAAUGGGCUUCGGAGCUUCAACCGAUUCCGACUGCGUUUGAUAUUGUUAGCGGGAGUGGCACUGGUGCAGAAAAAUGUGGCCUUGGGAUGGAGGAUUGGGAGAACAUAUUAUCAGAAUCAGCAGCCUCGCCUGGGCAGGAACAGUCGCUGAUCCGAUGGAUUAUGGGCGAUGUCGAAGAUCCUUCUUCGGGCUUGAAGCAGUUGUUGCAAGGAGGAGGUGGUGGUUCGGAGUUCGAAGCCAGUGCUACUAGCUUCGGGAUCGUCGACCACGGUUUCGGUUUUGAGCCCAGUGGAGGAGGCGGAGGUGCUUCGGCUAGUACUGGUGGUAAUGUGAUGGGUACCAUCAAUCCUUCUCUAUCUGUUCCUGGUUCUGGGUUCCCUGCAAAUACGACCGCCACCACGACCACCACCACAACCACCACCAACCACCAAAAUGGAAGGGUCGGUUCGUUCCCCAAUACAGCUUAUCUUCCUAAUUACAAAAUGCCUUGUUUUGUUCCUAACAGCAGCAGUAACCCUCCCAACACCAUUUUCUCAUCAUCUCCUAACAACCACCCUCUGAAUCUCCCUCUUUCUAUACCUCCUGGCGUUUUUUAUCCACAGCAAACUCAUCUUGAGCCCUCCGAGGAAAAGCCGCAUCUUUUCAAUCCACAAUUGCUGAUAAACCAGCAACAAGUCCAUAAUCCUCAGAACCAGCCCUUCUUUGUGCCAUUAUCUUUCCCGCAGCAAGAGCAGCACCACCUACUUCCUCAAGCGAAGCGCCACCAUGCUGCUGUGGUUGACCCGACUUCUCAGAUCCCCAAGGUUCCGUUUACCGAUUCGGGUCAAGAGCAGCUUUUCCUGCGGAGGCAACAGCAACAAUCGAGUUUCCCUCACCAACUACAAUUGCCUCCUCAUCUUCAGCAGAGGCCAACAAUGGGGCUGAAGCCGAAAGUGAUGGGCGCUGGUGACGAAGUGGUUCACCAGCAACAGCAACAGCAACAGCAGCAGGCGUUGGUCGACCAGCUCUUCAAGGCCGCCGAGCUGGUCGAGACGGGGAAUUCGGUACACGCGCGAGGGAUAUUGGCGCGGCUCAAUCACCAGCUCCCAGUAGGAAAGGCCCUCCAAAGGGCUGCUUUCUACUUCAAGGAGGCCCUGCAACUGCUCCUCCUUACCAAUAACACUGGCUCUUCUCCUCCACAGAGGAAUUCAACCCCCUUCGAUGUUGUUCUCAAGAUUGGCGCCUACAAGGCCUUCUCGGAGAUAUCUCCGCUGCUGCAGUUCGCCAACUUCACCUGCAACCAGGCCCUCCUUGAAACACUUGAUGGGUUUGAUCGGGUUCACAUUAUAGACUUCGAUAUUGGUCUUGGCGGGCAAUGGGCGUCCUUAAUGCAGGAGCUUGCAGUGAGGAUUGGUGGUACCCCUUCCUUGAAGAUCACUGCUUUUGCCUCUCCGUCCUCUCAUGAUCCACUUGAGCUUGAUCUCACCCGAGAGAACCUGAUCCACUUCGCUAACGACCUUGGCAUUGCAUUUGAGCUCGACAUCGUGAGCCUCGAUUCCUUUGACCCAGCUUCAUGGUCACUUUCCCUCCCUGUCACAGAGAAUGAGGCAGUUGCAGUGAACCUCCCCGUUGGCUCUUCUUCCAAUCACCCAUCCUCUGUCCCCUCACUCCUACGGUUUGUGAAACAGCUCUCCCCCAAAAUUGUGGUCUCUGUGGAUCGUGGUUGUGAUCGCAGUGACCUCCCUUUCUCGCAGCACUUCCUCAGUGCUCUACAUUCGUAUUCAUUCCUACUGGACUCAUUGGAUGCAGUAAACGUUAAUUCAGAUGCUCUGCACAAGAUUGAGAGGUUCCUAUUCCAGCCAAGGAUUGAGAGCAUUGUACUGGGACGGCAGCGUUCCCCGGAUAAACUGCCACCUUGGAGGUCUCUCUUUGCUCAAGCUGGGUUCACCCCAUUGACAUUCAGCAAUUUCACUGAGACCCAGGCUGAAUGCCUGGUUAAGAGGUUUCAAAUUAGAGGAUUCCACGUUGAGAAGCGCCAGGCGUCGCUCGUUCUCUGCUGGCAGCGGCGGGAGCUCGUCUCAGCAUCUGCUUGGAGGUGCUAAAGAGGGAAAAUUUGUUAACAGGCAAGAAGGUUGGCUUGUACUCAGUUACACACCCUUCACGAAGGUGCCAUACAACUUACUCUGCCCUUUGAUCUUAAUAAACCUUGAGACUAUGGACUAUCUAUGGUGGUGGCCCUUGUUUUGUGACGGCUUCCUUGUGCAUUUUCUUGCCUGUGAUUCUCGUCUGCCAAUUGUCUAUGUGAUUAGAGAGAUUGUUUUCUGAGUAAAACAUAACAUUUGAGAAAUUGGAAGAUGUAGUACAGUAUUUUCUUUCAUUUCUUUUCUUUUUUUCCACUCCCUUUUAUGACUAUUUUGGACAUGGGUAUUACAGCUAAGGUGUUCUAGUGUUAAUGUUAGAAAGCAGCACUUCACUUCUGGUUCAGGUGGUGGUUGUUUGUUGUACACUUGACAACAAAGGCAAAAAACAGAAGGAAAAAGAAUUUAACCCUCCAAAAUUUAGUUA